CACCUGCUGGCCCCACGUGUGCAGCCUCACGCCAGGCCGCCUGCAGUGCUGGCUGCAUCCCUGUUCCCUGGCUUUGUGAUGGCGAGCAGCAGUGUCCUGACGGGACAGAUGAGCAGUGCGAUGUUGCCUGUGGCGGGGACCCCCAUGUUUGGCAGUGUGACGAUGGCCGGUGUGUUUCUAGCAGCUGGCGUUGUGACGGUGCUGCUGACUGCCUGGAUGGCUCUGAUGAGCAGGACUGUGGUACGUAGUCUCUGCUGGGUGUGUGGGGCAAAGAAGGUGCAGUGUCCCGGCACCCAUCACUGCAUCCCGCACUGGGAACUGUGCGAUCGGCACCAGGACUGCGAGGAUGGCUGGGAUGAGGAGGGGUGUCCCCAGCAGCCCUGUCUGCCCGGGCAGUGGCAGUGCAGGAACAGGGUGUGCAUCAUGGCCGAGUGGAAGUGCAAUGGGAUUGAUGACUGUGGUGAUUCCUCGGAUGAAGAUGUCUGCGGUAAGCGAGCAUCCCCCUGCCCGCCAGGCAUGGUGCGGUGCGAUGAGGGGAAGUGUAUCCUGGAGUCCCUGAUGUGCAAUGAUGAGGACGACUGCCUGGAUGGCACCGAUGAGCCCAGCACAUGCACCGAGCAGCUGUGCCCUGUCUGUUCUGCCCGCGUGGACAUCCGCUCGGGGGACCUGUACUGGCUCGCAUGUAACCGGAGGGACAUCGGGGUGAUCCAGGCGUCUGACAUGUCCCCACGCAUCUUGCACCGUGCUCGCGGCAGCAUCCAGCACCUCUUCUUGUGGGGCGCUCUGUGCUGUCUGGCCCGUGGGCAGCCCCUGCAGCAGCUGAGCCUGGCUGGGGGUACCCCGUGGGAUGCCUGGAAUGAGACGUGGCCUGGAGACCUGCCUGCAGCUAUGGAUAGCAGAGCCUUCAGCGUGCUCUGGAGCUCAGCCAUGGGCCUGCAGGCACUGAGUCUGACCAAGCGGCAAGCAGUCACCCUGGCACCCAGCUGGUCCCACGGCCUUCUGGCUGCCUUCGAGCCAUACCUGGUGUCAGCAAAUGGAACGGCUCUGCUGCUGUGGGACCGGAGGACGCUGGCCCUUGUGCUGUCCAUGCCGGCAGUUUUUUUCUUCGUGGGCUCGGAGCUGCAGGCUGUCCUCCGUUUGUCCUGUCCUCGCACACAUGUGCCCUGCCGUGAUGGCACUGAGUGCGUAGCCCAGGAGUACGUGUGUGAUGGGGAGAAGGACUGUGCAGAUGGCUCUGAUGAGGACGGGUGUGCCCAGCUCUGCGACACCCCAGGUGCUUUCCACUGUGCAAGUGGAGCUGUCUGCAUCAGGGCUGGGGAGCACUGCGAUGGGGUGCCGCAGUGCCCGGAUGCCUCUGAUGAGACAGGCUGCUGGAGCCCCACUCAGGAGUGUGCCCUGCGCUGUGAUGCUGCCGCCCGCUGUGUCCCCAAGAGCUGGCUGUGUGAUGGCCACGCCGACUGCCUGGACCAUGCUGAUGAGCAGGGCUGUGGUGAGACCCUGGGGCCAGCACCGAAGGAGUGUGGCCCGGCUGAGUUCCCCUGCCGGAGCGGGCAGUGCGUGCCCCUUGCCCUGCGCUGUGACGGUGACCGCGACUGCCGGGAUGGCUCAGAUGAGGAGGGCUGUGCUGUGCCCCGGCCGCUGCUCUGCCGCACGGGUGAGGUGGUGUGUCCCCGCAGUGGGGAGUGUGUGCCGGAGGCCUGGCGCUGCGACGGUGCUGCCGACUGUGGGGACGGCACUGAUGAGCAGGGCUGUCCCUGGGAGGAAGGGCUGUGCGGGGACCGGCAGUGGGGCUGCUCUCACGGCCACGAGUGCAUCCCUGAUGUCUGGCGCUGUGAUGGAGAGAGUGACUGCAUGGAUGGCAGUGAUGAGGCUGGCUGCCAGCCUGCUCCCUGCCAGAGCCAUGAGUAUCCAUGUGGGCUGGGGGCCUGCCUGAACGCAUCCCUGGUGUGCGAUGGCCGGCAGGACUGUGCGGACAGCUCGGACGAGGGGGGAAACUGCUCUGUGCCCUGCCAGCGGUCCUGCGCUCAUCUCUGCUACCCCUCGCCCCAGGGCCCUCGGUGCUGGUGUGACCCAGGCUAUCGGCUGGCUGAGGAUGGUCUGUCCUGCAUGGACAUAGACGAAUGCAUGGAGUGGGGACCAGAGCCCAUGUUGCUGGUGGCCCUGCAGUCAGAGGUGUUGUCCUAUGGCCUGCGGAGUGGGCAUGAGAAGGUGCUGCUGGCCACCGACAAGGAUCGCGUUGUCUUCUCGCUUGACUAUGACCUGGUGGAGAGAAAAGUCUUCUGGAUGGAUUUGGCCACAGAGAGCAUCCGCUGGCAGGACCUCAACUCGGGCAAGAAAGGCACACUGGUGAAAGGUGUGAGAUCAGACUGUAUAGCAGUGGACUGGCUUGGGAGGAACCUGUACUGGACGGAUGGGGCAGCAGGGCAGGUGCUGGCCACUCACCUGGGGGCAGCCUGGCGAGGGAUACCAGAGUACACUGUGGUGAUGGAUGGAGACCUGGACCAGCCCCACUCCCUGGUGCUCCAGCCUCUGGCAGGGCUGCUGUACUGGUCAGAGGUGGGGAGCCACCCACGGCUGAUGGAGGCUACCAUGGACGGGAGUCAGCGGCACGUGCUGCUGGCCCAGGGGCUGGGCUGGCCCACAGCACUGGCCCUCGACCUUCCCACCUGGAGGAUCUUCUGGCUGGAUGAGAAGCUGGGCAGCAUUGGUUCUGCACGUCUGGACGGCACCAGUGUGAAGGUCCUGCAGCUGGGCUGGGUCCGGAGUCCCUUCGCGGCGGCUGUGGGCGAGGGGCAGCUCUCCUGGUCAGAAAAGAAGGCAUGGUCCGUGCAGCAGGUAGACAAGGCCAGCGGCAAGAACAGGACCGUGCUGCUCAAGCGACAUGGGCAGCCUCACGGCCUCCAGGUCUACUUGAAGGACCUGCCCACAACGGCUGGAUCCCAAGGCCUUCCUCCACACCGAGCUCUGCCCUUGGCCAAGGUGGGCCGCCUGACAGCCAUUGACUAUGCAGUGAAAGACAAGAGCCUGUACUUUGCAGAGGUGGGGGGUGACUCCAUCGGGCUGCUGCGCCUGAAGGACUGGGGCCGGCUGUCCUGGAAGAAGGCGGUGGCUGUGGAAGGCACGGUGACAUCCCUGGCACUGGACUGGCUGAGCGGGAACCU